GAUAGAAAAUUCAGUCAAUCACGAUAAGCUGCUCAAGGUUAUUUGGUUACGGUCAGAAUGUUGAUUGGUUGAUUUGAAUUGAGCCAAUAGCUUGUAUCGAGAGUUAGACAUAUGUGUAUGGCUGGCCACGCUUUCAAUGGUUUUCCCCCGUACGAAUGAAGUGUUUAAAUAUAGAGGACGCAUUGAUCUCAUCGUUAUAAGUUACUUGGAUCUGCGGGCGUUUUGUAGUCUUCUGUUUGAACAAAUAUGUUAUUACCAAAUCAGCCUGCUCCUAAUUUUGAAGGUACUGCUGUUGUUGGCACGGAAUUGCGUCCAAUUAGUUUGAGUCAAUUUCAAGGAAAAUAUGUGUUACUGGUAUUUUAUCCACUUGACUUCACUUUUGUUUGUCCAACGGAAUUAAUUGCAUUCAGUGAAAGAGCUGCUGAGUUCCAAUCUAGAGAAUGUCAAGUAAUCGCAUGCUCAACUGACUCAGCCUAUGCUCAUUUGGCAUGGACGAAAUUGGAUCGCAAAGCUGGUGGUUUGGGGCAAAUGAAUAUACCUUUGCUGUCCGAUAAAAACUUAAGGAUAUCACGAGCGUACGAGGUUCUUGACGAACAGGAAGGUCAUGCAUUCAGGGGUAUGUUCCUCAUUGACCGCAAUGGGAUUUUACGUCAAAUUACUGUUAACGAUCGCCCUGUAGGGAGAUCAGUUGAUGAGGCGAUUCGUCUUUUGGAUGCUUUUAUUUUCUUUGAGAAGCAUGGCGAAGUUUGCCCAGCGAACUGGAAACCAAAUUCAGCAACAAUAGUACCCGAUCCUGUUGCUUCUCUCUCCUACUUCUCGUCUGUGCACUGAGGUUUUUUGUAUUGAUAUCAUAUUUUAGUAAACAUUAAUAAACAGUUUUUGUCAUGUUUCAAUGGUUUUUGUGUGGGAUGCAAUAUAUGCGUAGAACGUUGCACUAUCUGCCGGGAAUAACAGGGAAGCUUUCGUCGGAUUCUUGUUGGGCGUGGUAUUUUUUCUAUUAUAUGUUAACUUGUUUGCUUUGAUGUAGUAAUGAUAAUGGCGUGUGUAGUGAGUUGGCACCAUUUGUCCACGGAUGGGAACUGAGCAUAUAGGUCUUUGACGGGCUUCAUUAUGUUGUGUUUCACCUCUUUCCACUCGACCUCAGGGUGUGGCGACUAAGUAUGUGAC